AUGUCUUUUCUCUCCUUCCUCGGCUCCCUGUUGCCGUCAAGUUUUGUUGUCGCCAGCAAACCCCCCCAGCCCGACAGCGUCGAUACCAUGGAUCCAUCCGACGGAUUCCCCGCGUACCCCAGGCUGCCCACCGAGUUGCGCCACAUGAUUAUCAAGGAAGCACUCUGCAAUCACGAGCAAGAGACACACCGCGUUGUGCUCUUCGACCCAAUCACCCACGGCAUCUCCCCAACCAAGGAGCUUGCAACUAUGGCAUCCCCCCUCCUGUUCGUCAACGCCGAGUCCCGCAGCCUCGCGCUCAAAGUCUACGUCAAAGUCGACGUCUUCGGCAUCGGCGCCCCCAAUGACGACGAAUUCGGAAAUGAAAGGGACUGGUACAUUGUUCCGUGGCUCCGCGAAUACCUAUUCUACAACCAGUCUUUCGCCCUACAAAUCUAUCAAGUGGAUGACAAUAUCGAAAACAAGGGCUGCUUGUACAUCAAUCCCGAGAAGGACAUUUUCGUGACCGGCAUCAUCCCGCGCCAGGUUGCGCACACGACUGCCUUCCGCUCCUUGCCGGCCGAGCCCAACCCACCGUGGAGGAUCCCUCGAGACUUCAUCACCGACGUGCUUCAGGAGGACACCCUUGCCAGGAUCACCACUUUGCGGGAACUAGAGUGGGACCUCGAUGACAGGUGCAUCUCCUGCGGUGCCUGUGGGCACUGUGGUCUCAAGCGCCGCGUGUGCUGCACGGAGAACUUUUUCGACGAUGAUGAGAGGGGGGCAGAGUUGAGGCCGCUCUUCAGGCCGAGCGUCUUCUCCGGCGUCAAGUCUUUUGGCUUCUACCUGAUGGUCUCCCCUGACGACAUGCAGGAGUUCCUGUCGGGCAUCGUGCGCAUGGGUGGCAGGGCAUGCUUGGAGGAUGAAUGGCAGGAGCGGUAUCUGGAGUUCGAUCUGGCACGCCUUGGGAAGUGA